UGUCCCGUUCCCAUCGCACAUCCCACUGAGCCCCCGCCCCGCACGUGGCCCGAGAAGCAGACACCUUGUCUAGCACCAUGGUGGCCGAGAAGGAGCCCCUGGGCCUGAGCAAAUGCUCCGACAAGAUGCCGAAGAGGAGCAAGCUGCUGGCCCCGCAGGCGCUGCCCGUGCACCCGCCUCACGCCCUGGUGUCCGAGGGCUUCACGGUCAAGGCCAUGAUGAAGAACUCGGUCGUGAGGGGGCCUCCAGCCGCGGGAGCAUUCAAAGAGAGGCCAACCAAGCCCACAGCGUUCAGGAAAUUCUACGAGCGGGGAGACUUCCCCAUUGCCCUCGAGCACGACUCCAAAGGCAACAAGAUCGCCUGGAAGGUGGAGAUUGAGAAGCUGGAUUACCACCACUACCUGCCUCUGUUUUUUGACGGACUCUGCGAAAUGACCUUCCCCUACGAGUUCUUUGCUCGGCAAGGGAUCCACGACAUGCUGGAGCACGGGGGGAACAAGAUCCUGCCCGUCAUCCCCCAGCUCAUCAUCCCGAUAAAGAACGCCCUGAACCUGAGGAACCGCCAGGUCAUCUGCGUCACUCUCAAAGUCCUCCAGCACCUGGUGGUGUCAGCAGAGAUGGUGGGAGAAGCCCUGGUGCCCUAUUACCGUCAGAUCCUCCCCAUCCUGAACAUCUUCAAGAACAUGAACGUGAACUCCGGCGACGGCAUUGACUACAGCCAGCAGAAGAGGGAGAACAUUGGGGACCUGAUCCAGGAGACGCUGGAGGCCUUCGAGCGCUACGGCGGGGAGGACGCCUUCAUCAACAUCAAGUACAUGGUGCCCACCUACGAGUCCUGCCUGCUCAACUAGCCCCCGCCCGCCCCCGAGCCUGCUGGCCUGCCCGGGACUCUGAGCCCUCUCUGGCAGCGAGGCUGGCCGCACAUAAGCAACGCCUGUCUCCCACACCACAAUGCCGUCCUGUGCUCAUUUCCCGAGAAGCAAGGCCCCUCUGUCCCCACGGCAGAAGCCACCCAGAGCGCGGCCGCCCCCUGUUUACACAAUAAAUGGAUCGUUUUCAUACCCUC